UGCUCCUGUUUCGGUUUCUUUUACUUUCACAGUUCGCUUUGCAAAGCUCACGGUUUGGAGUUCAAGACCCACCCAAUGACACGGUGGUGGAACAAUGUUGUAGACAGGGCUAUUAGAGAAAAAGAGAUACAAGCUUGGAACAACUGGAAGAACGGUGGUAGCAGGGAAUUGUAUCAGACUGCCAGAAGGGAAGUUAGGAGAUCGGAUGUUGAAUUAAACUAAAUUCGCUAUCAAUAGCAGUUCUUUGUAAAAUACACACAAAUCACUGUCCAUCUGAUAUCGAAACAAUGCUUGCACACGAUAAUCAACACAGAAACCAACAUAUAUUAAGCAUAUAUUAAGCAUACCCUGAUUUAUGAAACCAUCUAUUCCCUUUCGGAAUUAUUUAUCAAUGUAGAAAAUUGUGGGUAGGCACCGGUAAGGUAAAUCUAUUUUCCCGUAUGCUGUCUUUAAUUGGAGUUUGUGGGUGUAUAUAAAACGGUUGAGGUUAUAUCCUGAGUAAUUAUUCUUAUAUCAAAUAUAAAUUCUUAUAAUUAUCUCUAUAAGUAUACUGAUCGCUCUAAACGGUCAGAUCUCCAAUUUGAGAACUGGAAAAGAAUAUAUAAUUAAUUUUGUCCCAACUUAUGCAAUUAAUGUCUGAAUGAUAUAUAUAUAUAUAAUUCUACACUGUUGUUAAUUUAUGCCGAAAAACCAAAUGACAUCAGAGUUAAAGAAUAAUUUUUGACUUUCAACGAAUCAUGAUAUCCAUUAUCGUUCAAAGACUAAAAGAAUUUAUUUACACCAAAGAGAUAUAACCUUGUUCAUGUAGAAUUAUGAUAGAAUUACUAUAUAUUUUAUGAAGACUAAAAAGUCGGUUCAAAGUCUCUCUUGACCAGAAAUGGCAUGAGCACCCUCCCUGUACAUAACUCCAUGUCCCCCUACAUGGCCUUGCUUUUUGCUUUUUGAGCCAAAAAAUUAACUUAACUAACUUAACUUAUCUAACACAGAGAUAAUGAGCAAAAUUUCUGUUCGUUAAUGUUUGGAUGAUCCUGCCUUCUAAUUAUACAAGGACUAUGAAAGGAUAUGCAAGUUCUCAAUACAUUGAAUAACUUUAGAAUUGAUGAUAUAUAGCUGAAUUUAUAUUUGUUUGACUAACAAAGAAAAGCUUGUAUUUUGUGAGAAAUUAUGGAAAACGAAUUGGGUGAGGACGGUGCUAAAUGUUUGGAUGAUACUGCCUUCUAAUUAUACAAGGACUAUGAAAGGAUAUGCAAGUUCUUAAUACAUUGAAUAACUUUAGAAUUGAUGAUAUAUAGCUGAAUUUAUAUUUGUUUGACUAACAAAGAAAAGCUUGUAUUUUGUGAGAAAUUAUGGAAAACGAAUUGGGUGAGGACGGUGCUAAAUGUAAGACACAGUCUAAAAAGACGGACUGUACAGAGGAGACGUCAAAAGAUACAGGUAAAGUAUUAUACUGCUGUGAUGUCUGUAAAAAAUCCUUCUCUCGAAAACGUACCCUCACUGCUCAUAAACGUACACAUACAGGAGAGAAACCAUAUCAUUGUGAUAUUUGUGGUAAGUCCUUCUCUCAAAAUCAUGACUUAAAUAAACACAAACGUAUCCACACAGGAGAGAAGCAAUAUCACUGUGAUAUCUGUGGUAAAUCUUUCUCUCGAAACGAUCACUUAAAUAUACACAAACAUACUCACACAGGAGAGAAACCAUAUCAUUGUGAUAUCUGUGGUAAAUCAUUCUCUCGAAAUGAUCACUUGGCUACUCACAAAAACAUUCAUACAGGAGAGAGACCAUAUCACUGUGAUAUCUGUGGUAAAUCAUUCUCCAAGGUUGGUGACUUGGCUACACACACACGCAUUCAUACUGGAGUGAAGCCAUAUCAGUGUGAUGACUGUGGCAAAUCGUUCUCCAAAAGUGAUAACUUGACUAAUCACAAACGAAUUCAUACAGGAGAGAAGCCAUAUCCAUGUGAUGUCUGCGGGAAAUCAUUCUCAAAAAUAAGCAACUUAACUGAACACAGACAUAUUCAUACGGGAGAGAAACCAUAUCACUGUGAUAUUUGUGAUAAAUCAUUUUCUAAAAGUAGUAACUUAACUAGUCACAAACGUAUUCACACAGGUGAGAAGCCAUAUCAUUGUGAAAUCUGUGGUAAAUCAUUUUCCAAGGGAUGUAACCUAACUAAACAUAAACGUAUUCAUAAAGGAAGGAAACUAUACCACUUUGAUAUGUGCUAAAUCAUUCUCUCCAAAAUUACAAUUAAACGUGUAUCAUACUGAAGAGUUGCUGUAUCGACAUCAAAAAUCAUUUAAUGAAAAAUAUCUUCCGUCAUAACAAUAAAUGUAUUUUCACAGGAAAAAAUAAAACCAUGUGUGAUAACACUAUUUGGAUCUUUUCGGUUUGACCGGCAGUUUUUUAAAAUAAUUUCCACGUAACUAAACACUUUUAAACUUCGUAUACUGGUAGAAUG